UCUCUCUCCUCGGAAAUCCUGCUGGACCUUUCUCCAUCCGAAUGGCGGUCUUUGUCUGUUGCGGCUCUGGCACAGACGCUUCUGUGCGCAGAGGAACGAAGGUCCUCUCAAGGCAGAAGCAGUACCGGCUCAGCACUUCUUGCUGACGCACUUCCACGACGCUCUUUGAGGAAGGACGAGACUCCGUCAUGGGUGCGGGAACGAGUGCGAUUUUUGCCGGGGGACAACCUGGUUCGGGGACCGGCGUUGCCUGAUCGUGACACCCGGCUGCUGCCUAGUUUGCUGGUUUUGGCGCGACAAGCCAACGACUUCUCAGACGCUUUGAAAGCGCCUCAAAGCGACUUUGUCAGCCUGACCGCUGUCAGACAGCCGCUCCGACUGGUCGAUAUGAUGGAAAAUUUGCGGCACGGAAACCCAAACCGGCCGCGUGAGCAUGGAUCGGUCGCAAUGGGGGAGGAUGCGACCUCGAGGCCGCCUAGACCACAAUCAACGAUGCACUCUGUUAUACCGAAUGAACGGGACGUCGACGACUUGCGAUCUUUUCUCGAUUCAAUCGCCACCAAGUAUGAAGAGGGCACCGAAACUCUUGCCGCCGAAGGAGUCACGCGUGGGAUGAUUGACCUGUCUCGCGAAUUGGUGAUGGAAUCACCCUUUGUUGUAGCGCUCUCAGCCUGGCUGGAUACUUUGGUGUGGCAAAUCCAGCAUGUGGUUGAGGCAGAAGUUGUAGCUGAAGUAGCAGGCCGGGCGGAACGCGGUGUUGAUCAGGUAGACUCAGAAACCAAAAAGCAGAGAAACCGACAUGCACGAAAGGCUCUUGAGGAGCAAUUUAAGCGGGACCUGAAUGACGUCAUCUCUACGUCGCCGGCACACGACGACCAGGCUGCAGCGACUGGUUACGGAAUCCUACAAGGUUAUCGUGCGCGGACAUCAGACAGUGCUCUUCGCAGACUCAGGGAAUGGGCCCUCUGCGAAGAUAGCUCUUUGGCUCUCCAAGAGCAGGAUUGGUUUUUCGAAAUUCUCGCUUCGCAGCUGAUUGGCAAACUCAAACAGAAGAUCCGGCGCGUCGCCGCAGCACGACGACAAAUGCUCAAUGGCAAUGGGAGUAUCGCUAGUGUCCGUGGUGUUUUUGCAUCGCAGUUGGUCAAGUUAGUUCCAAGAGUGAAAGUGGCUGUUGUGGCGGACAACCGGCGAUGGCUUUACGAUCUCCCACCCGAGGAGUUUUCUGAUUUGUCACCGUCAAUGGAGCUGGCCAUCACGUUCAGUGCGGUAGAGCUUGACUCUUCUGGAAUUAGUGGAAGUUCUGUUGGUGGAGCUCAGCUGCUGCAGCAACAUGAAGAGCGACGUGGCGCUGACAGACCACACACAGCAGGCCGGUUCUUGUUUACAACACGCACGCGUUCUGCUGAGGAGCAAGAGCAAGACCGCCUAGAGCACAGAAUGGUAGGCAAUCAAGGACGUCAUGCGGAAGAGGAGCAAGAUGACAUCAACAUCUUGUAUGGACGGCAGGGAAAUUAUGCAGGAUCCCUGGUACUGCAGUUUGGCCUCAUGUUCGAGGCUCCCCUGCCCCCGACAAACCAGCGUGUCGAUCAGUCAUCUGGUAAGGGGGAUGCUCAACACAAGCAGCUGCCAGGACGACGCGCCGCAAGCGGCCCGGCACCGCACCGGCAACAACCAAAAGAUCAUCGCGAACAAAGCAGAUCUUGCGCUUCUGUCUCCGACCAAAAAGAGGAAGCUGCGUGGUGUGAAGCAGAAGCGCCUACUUCGUCCAGUCGCUUUGAUCUGGCUUUGACCAAAAUGAGCAUAAAUCUCCCGGACAUGUCGCCGAAGAAAGUUAUGGCGAAGCUUCGCAGACUGGGCGAUGCCUCUGCGACGACAGGGAGCCGGGGCGAAGACUUCAGGUCCGAGCAUCGUCUUGCACAAAGAAUCCAGAGCUCCCUUCAAACCGCGGGGCAGUGCUGUUUUUACUCUGCCUCUACUGCGCCGGGCACCACGAGCCUCUCUUCACGUUCCAACAGCUCCAGCUCUGCGUCGGCGUCACCUGCGCU